CCGUGGCUUCGACAUGUCUAGGGAGACAUUGAUCCUGGAUAAACUGAUAUCGCAACUCGAAUCAUCUCCUCAAGAUAUACGAGCCACGUUGAACCAUCAGUCCAUUGUUCGCCCUUACGACGCCGUUCGCCCCUUCGAAAAUACGGUAAACACUGCUGGAAUCUUGUUCUCAUUCCGAGACCACCCUUAACAUGGAGCCUUAAUAGUCAUCAGCUUUACCAUUCCCUCAGGCAAUUAGCAAUGGUGCCGAGGAAAGGCAGAUGAAAAAUCAUCGACUCUGAAAAUGUCGAGCGAUCCCAAAGCUGUUCGCCGCUAUCAGGCUGGUGUCGAGAGAGCGUUAGGACUAUUCGACGCGUCAAAUGAGUGGGCGGAUUAUAUUGCAUUCCUCAGUCGACUUGGAAAGGCGCUCCAAGCAUCGCCGCCUGACACCGAUGUCCCGUUCAAACCGAUACUGGCAAAGUAUUUGGCGCUUUGUCUAAAACCGUCAUUGCCGUCCGGCGUACAUCAGAAAGCUUUGGAAGUCUAUAACUUGGUCUUCACUCUGCUAGGCAAAGAUGGCCUUUCUCGAGAUCUCUCCAUAUGGCUUCCCGGAAUAUCUCAUACUCUCACGUUUGCUUCAUUGACCACGAGGCCGCUCUUCCUCGCUCUUUACGACGACCACUUGCUACACCUUUCCAGCCAUGUUCUUAGGCCAGCCUUGAGAGCCACUAUCUUGUCUCUCCUUCCUGGUAUCGAGGAGGAGAACAGCGAAGAUUUCGACCGUACGUUUAACACCAUAAAUCGUCUGAGACAGAUAUUUACGGACGACAAUUCUGAGGCAUUCUUCUGGCAAAGUCUGUUCCUGGCUUCCAUUACGAGUGUUAGCAAAAGACCAGGGGCCCUAGUCUAUCUGACCAAGCAACUUCCAAAGUUGGGGCCCAAUGGCUCCCAAGAUUCUUCACAGACAGGUUUCAACGUUGAGGGACCCGUAGAGCUUGAUACUCAUAUCAAAGCAGUCACAACUCCUGAGCCUGGGUUGCUUGUUCGCUGCUUCGCGACCGGCCUCCAAGAUGACCAGCCUCUGGUUCAGAGAGGAUUUCUUGAUCUACUGGUCUCACACUUGCCGCUUAAUGCCCCUUUGUUGCAGCACCAUGUCGCUCCGAAGGACCUCGAUGUCCUUGUAACUUCUGCUAUGUCUGUAGUACUGAGAAGGGACAUGAGUUUGAAUCGGCGAUUAUGGACCUGGUUUGUUGGCAGAGAAGACAAGCGAGAAGGUUCUGCGGACAUUUCCCAACCCCUCACAAUCGAAUCGCCUUCGAGACCAAACAAAAGUGUUGCAGCACCAAGCCGCCAUGAGUACUUUUCGGCCUAUGGAUUGGACUCGGUAGUUAGAAGUCUUGACAGGAUGCUGAAGAAACAAUCUCCACAUCCCGUUGACAGAGCACGACCCUUUCGGAUCCUGCUCUCGUUGAUGGAUCGUUGGGUGAUUGGCAAAUUGCCCGUACAGGCUUUGUUCAUACCAGCAAUGCAGGACCUACAGCAAUAUCAGAGAUCAGCGCCGUCCCAAACAUCCUUUGACGAAGUUUUUCGAAGCGCGAACGUCUUCUUUGAUGCCACUGAGCCUCAAGUUGUAACCAGCCAGUUGUUCCGCUUGCUUGAGAAGAAUGACUUUGAGCUUAUCGAGUUCAUGAUCUCCAAUUUCAACCUACAGGAGGAAGAAAUGGUCACCAUUCAUCUGCCAAUGCUUUGUCUCGCAAUCUCCGACAUGCUGGCAGUAAGCACCGGCUCAACCGUGACUGAGAAUGGAGCUCAGAAACAGGGCCAUGCCUACGAACAGCCGCUAUCCAGACUUCUAGAAGCAUUUAUCAGCCUGCUUCCGUCGAAAUCAACUGAAGGAGAUGUUCAUGAAGCACAAGAACUCCCACGGGAGAACUGGAUGGAGAAGCUCGGUGCGGUUUACAAUGAAUUCUCCCAUGUGAAGAAGGUCCUCGUCAAGGCUGUUCGACCUGCCCUCGCUGAUCAGAUUCUUUUGCACAAUUUGACCUUGGCUGUGCUCCAAUGUCUGCGUGAUGAGUCUCGGAAGAGCUUGACCGGGUCGCUUGUCAAUAGCUUAACGAAGGCCAUCUCUAGGAGCGGCAACCUCGAAACCUUUGGUCAGCUCAAUCUAGGCGAAAGGCUUUAUGACAACCUCGUCUCUCACUCCAAGACCAGUACAUCCGGCGAAUACGAAGUCACCCGAACCAUUGCAAGGAUAAUGGACGCCCUCUUCGCAUUUGAUGCCAACAAGAAAGUCCUCACGGAUCAGCACCUGUUGCUUCUCAUUCCUGCACUUGUCCAACGCCUGUGGGAAGCUCUGCUGCCUUCCACCCCUCAAUUCCAUGUCGAGGCAGUUGAGCAGAUAUGGAAUCUCCGUGUGAUAUCUGGGGCCUUACUUCUAGUCGACAGUAAGAUAAUGGACCUCAUGUGCGAACAACCAUCUUCAAGUCAGGUUGCUGAUCAAGUUGCACGGUUCUCGACUCUAUGGAUGCACACGCGAUUUCCGCAAGUCAAUGCAGAGCUCUUUUCCUCGUCUCAUCGCAUUGAGGAGGAGGAUAUUCCUUGGGCGAUGCUCCGACAGCCUGUAUUGCAUGUCUUGGACACCAUUGAUGUGUCAGAGCGGGAGGAUCCUCGACGGGUCUGGUUGAGUAACCUUCCGUCCAUCCUUCCCGUCUUCCGGAUACUUUAUAGCGAAUACUUGAGUGUCGCAGAUAAGCAGCUUGCUUUACUUGGUCUCCAUCGGCUUCAGAAACUCAUAUCGAUUGCACAGACGUCUGGGACCCAUCAAGGAGAGCUCUUCGCUCUCGAUGGAUCCGCAGGCAUGUUGCUCGACAUGUGCAUGGAAAACAUUUCCAACGACCAAAGUGACAAGGAGACUAUAAGGAUGACACUAUCGAUUCUACGAGUCCUAGUUGAAGAGACCGACAUACGAGGCGCGCAAGAUUUAAUGGCUCUUCUGUUGCGACGAUUAGUCAAUGCUGAAGCUGACAAUGCCACACAAGAAGAACUUUUGGAUACGUUACAAACGAUCUUCACAAGACCGAACAUUGGUCCUCCACCCAACGAGCUUAUGAACAUCCUCAUCUCUGGCAUAUCUUCUGGGAAGGUGGACUCGAACAUUGAUAAAUGGAUUACACUUCUGUGCAAUAUCGUACCACUUUACCCAACCCAACAUUUACUAGCUACCAUGCUUAAACUUACUGCUUGUUUCUGUCAGCGCAUCAAAUCUUACUUUGCUACACUUCAACAGCUAUGUGAGAAACGCGAUUCUCUUGAUCCUGCCAACAAUGAUGUUGAUAUAUCAAUCGCUAAAUAUCCAGAGAGAUCGAUCAACAACCUUCUGGCAGGGCUUGAAUAUAUCCUUGCGAGGGCGCAUACGCAUCUAGCCGAUCGUCCUACAAGCUCCGAUGGUUCAAUCAAUAAUCCUGCCGAAAUUGUACAGUCUCGUGCCGUCGCCAACAAUAGACUAACUGUUAUUUUGUGCAUGCAAGACACCAUUAAACUCUGUGGAGACAUCUGGGCCUGGAGAAUUCUCAGACAUUCCUCUGGUACAGUUGUUGACACAAAAUCGUUCGUGUAUCUGUCCUCCAGGUUACGAACGAGGACAAGAAGAAUCCUGGAGCACCUGUCAGAUGCUGAACCACAAGAAUGCCUGGAAACACUGAUGGGUAUGUGGAUAGAAGGUGCUCGUCGGAAUACCGAGCAAGAUGCUACGAUGAACCUAAUGCAAAGUCUUGAUGGCGCUCGCCCAAAGUUCAUGAUGCCUGCAACUUUCAACGCAAUCUACAACCGGACAAAUCCUACAGCACUUGACCAGUCACAGCGAUCGAGUUUAUCUGUUGAUGUCACAGCUCUUGAUCUAAUGUCCUUCUUGAUAGCGUACACCAAGGCUCUGGAAGAUGAUCUUCUGGAAGAAAUUUGGGCCGACUGCACGGCAUUUCUUCGCGAAGUGCUUGCAAACCCCAUGCCGCAUCGUCAGAUAUUGCUUCAGUUGCUUCAGUUCGUUGCCGUGGUGUGUCAGAAAAUGGAGAAUACCAAUUUUGGCGAGAUCUCGAAAAUGCGCCGUGAACUGGCAGAUCUCUGUGCCAGGCUGUUUACUGCCAUUUUCACCAUCCGACCUACCGGUCUGGAUUCGUCAUUGCAAGGCGCAUCGGAUUCUAUUUCUGGUCGAAAAGGCACGAUGCAAGCUGGAAAUGCUAUCCACAUUCUUUCCGAAUGCUUACCAGUAAUUGGGAAUGCGUUGGGAGAUCAAGACAAACUGAACAAUACAUUGACAGGUGUGGCGGUACAUAUCACCGGCCCUGCAUUGAGGUCAAAACAAUUCCCUCAAUCAGUCAAUAUCGACAUUCUUCAGCUGAUACUCUUGAUGGCUAAGUCUCAGCCAAAUAGUAAAAUCUGGAAGAAGGACCUACUCGAUCUAUUUAAUGAUGGCAGAUUCUUCCAGUCUCCUGCUUCCCUAGCCGACAGAGGAUGGUUACCACUUCUGCGGCAAGUCUGGUUAGUGGACAAGGGUUUGAUGACCGACCUUGUGUCCAAAUUGACAGCUCCUACCACCGCUGGAUUGGUGUUUGGAGUGGGUGCUGCUGCCGCGCGUACGGAAGCUGACAAGAAAACCCAGCUCAUACUGAGACGCAUCGCACUCUUCUUACUCGCCGGCGACACAGAUACCUUUGUAUCUGAGAUAGGUCAAAUCAUCCGACGGUUGGAGGAGCUUCUGACUGCCACACCGUCUUCAUCACCUUCGUCGGCCACACGCGGAGACAUAUAUCUUGUCCUCCGAGCCAUGGCGCUCUCCUUCUCUCAGGUGCAGCUUGUCUCUAUAUGGCCAAUCGUUGAUGUGGAGCUGCGUGAUCUGUUCACCAACCUCCAAACCGGAGAAGAAUCUAUGUUUACGGGUUACUCGCAAAUACAAGGAGCGAAGCUCCUCGAUCUGCUCCUGAUCCUAAAACCCGAGGAAUUCCAACCACACGAAUGGGUAUUUGUGACAGACACCAUUGAUGCCGUGCAUCCACCGCAAGAUUUCAAGUCCUCUGCAAUAGCAGACUCGUUGACGACACGAGGCGGCAAAGAGAUUGAACUUCCGUCAGUCACGGAUAACGAAGCGAGAAGACCCUGGCUUUGUACCGAGCUGAGUCGAGAAGCAGAAGAUGCUCCAUCACUUUUACGGCCAUUUUUUAGACAUCUGAGUAUUCAUGCAUUUGAAGACACCUACAGCCUCCAGGCUAUUGACCUCGAAGCAUGUAGGACGGAUCUCGUGGCGGAUGUAUUUGCGGACUGGGGAGACAGGUAGCUUCCCAUCCAUAGCUGGAGAGCCUUGUCAUGGAGUAUCCGUAGCAAAAAAAUUCGAUUACCCCCGUACGGAAGGCAUGCGGUGAACAAGGGCUGCGAAACCCAUAGCAUCCGAUGGCCUCGGAAGUGGCACUGACAACUAACAAAGGUCCCGGGAAGACGUCCCGUUCGGUACCGGUAGGGACAGCCCGGUACUCAAGAAAAUGAGGGAGAGAGAGGGAGAUGACCCGCGAAUCGCCCGAGACGAGGUGGCAGUGUCCGAGGCUGUAGGUGGAGAAAAGCCGCACGUUACUGUACAGUUCGACCUUCCUUAGAUCGGGUAGUGAAUGUGAUUGAUGUGCUUGC